UCUGAGAGACUGAGUCACCACUGGAGCUCAGGAAGCCUCGGAAACAGCUCAGCCUGACUGUCUCCGCUCCUCCGUGCGGUGGAUAAACCCACUGAGCUGAAUGAACAGCGAGCGGCUCCAACAUGUUUCCCUGGUGCAUUAGGAGGCACCGUUUUCUCUCCUCUGCUGUAAAAGUACAGAUCGGAGCCUCGGGUCUCAGCGCUGUAGCGCCGGAGAGGAAAAUGACAGCAGGGUGCAGAUUAUUUACAUCGCGGAGGUUAAACAGAGCUGCGCCGCUGCGGCCUAGGCAGCCUCGGUGUAGAUUAUCGGAGCUGCCCGCGCAUGGCGCCUGGCCGACCGUCAGGCGAGCAGCCGGCUGCCGCUGGAGCUCGAACCGGAGCUCAAAUAACGCUGCUUUUAGUUCAAAGAUUCCUCCGUUUCCUACUUGGGAGCCAGUAGCUGAAAGCCAGCUUCCCCCACCUACAAAAGUUUCCCUAGACCUUGUGGACAAGCUGGAGAGACUUGCUCUUGUAGACUUUGGCAACCAGGAAGGUGUGAACUGUUUGGAGAAAGCAAUCCGGUUUGCCGAUCAGCUUCACGUUGUCAACACCGAUGGUGUAGAACCAAUGGAUUCUGUGCUAGAAGACAGACCCCUGUAUCUGAGAGAAGACACGGUGAGGGAAGGAGACUGUGCAGAGGAACUUCUUCGGCUCUCCAAGAACACAGUGGAAGAGUACUUUGUAGCACCUCCAGGAAACAUCCCACUUCCAAAGAGAGAGGAGAGAUCUGCCAUGCUGAAACACGCCGACUUCUGAGUUCAUACAUAUCAAUAAAGUGUUGCUUUCGUUGUGUAUAAAUGCAUAAUAAACAUAUAUGUCUAUUUAAA